AUGCUUCACACCUCUUAUCACGCCGACUCCGAUGCGGACGACGAGUACGAGCGCAGUGUAAUCACUUCGCCGCACCUCCAAACGGAAUUCGAGGCCUCUCCUAUUGACUCCGACAUUCCUUCUUCCGAACAUACUCCGACCAAAUUCGGCUACGGCAGCGACGGCCCACGCACACCGCGAUCCAUCAUCUCGCAAUGGACAGCAGAUGAAUGUAUCGAAUUUCUGACGUCGCUCGGUCUUCUCCAGUACUGUGGGACCUUCAGAGAGAAUGGAAUUGUGGGCGAAGCACUCAUCGCUCUCAAACAUGAUGAACUGAAGGAAAUGGGCAUCAACAGUGUCGGGCAUAGGCUGACGAUCCUGAAAAGCGUCUAUGAGAUCAAGAUUCGCCAGCAGGUUCCCCUAGAUGUUGAUCACUAUAUCCCUCUCUCUGCCGACCAAAGUAUGAACGAAACUGCAUCCCAAGACGACUUGGCCCGUUUAAUUCAGUCAAUUCAGCGUCGAGAUGAAACAAUUAUCACCGUACAGGCGGAAAUGCGGCGCCUUGCGGAGGACUACCGGCGGUUGAGGGAGGAGAUAUUGCCCGUUAUCAAAAUCGCCAAAGAUCGAUCCCAGCCGCUUCCUCCGCCCUCUUCCAUGAGCCAGUCAUCAGACACUUAUCAUGACGGCGCAACUCUUACAUCACCUUCCCAGCUCACUCUCGUGGAUAAUCUCUCGUCAUCGAAAUUGAGUCGAGCUUUUUCCAAGCGCACGUAUGGUGGAGGCGCGACAUCCAAGACCAACUCACCCACACAUAUUCCUCCUUCCGUCUACGAUGGGCGGAAUUACGCCGAUGGAGCCAGCCUCGAUCCAUCUGCCGCGGCCCUGGCUGCCUCUUCUCACCUCACUGCUUCGAUGAACGGAGGAACGCAGCAUUCACCUGGAGUCCCAUCACCGACAUCUCCAAAUUCCCACACUGUUCAGCAUCAGACACUCAAUCCGCGAUCCUAUUCUCAGCCCAGCUCCAACUCCAGACAUGAUCACUCUGAAGAGAUACAACGAAGUUUGUCUAGAGCAGAUCGGCACACUCCCAGUCAGCAAACGCCUCGGACCGAAACACCGUCCUCUACAUCUCGCGCAGAAAAUCGCAACACCGGCGAGCCCUCCAGUGUGGAAAUAUUCAAAUCGUUCCGCGUGUCUUGGGAGGACCCGUGCUACAAGGUCCUUCCUGCUGCUCUAAAGAAAUACAACAUCCACUCCGACCCGAAGAAUUAUGCGCUAUACAUUGUUUACGGCGACCAGGAGCGAUGCCUAGCGUUAGAUGAGAAACCUCUGUUACUCUUCAAACAACUCGAGAAGGAAGGACGGAAGCCGAUGUUCAUGUUGCGAAAGAUCCAUCCGGACAACCCUUCGUCGUAUCCCCCCACCGGUUCAGCGCCUAACAGUGCUGGAUUUGAAGGUGGACGCCAAGGGCAAAUCAAUUUACCAGGAGGUGUUCUGUGA